ACUAUUACACACUCAGGAUUGAGUCUGCACUCUAAGUUCUCCUGUACACACAUUUUCAAAAGCUUUUUAAUUCUUAGUGCCCCAAUGCUGACUUAGAGGGAGGAGUCUGGAUGAAGCAGAGGGGAGUGUGGUGACCAGGCUGUGUAAAACUGGAUGUUUCAACUCAAACUCCCAGGCAGUAGAGAGGAGCUGUGGUGUCAGCCAAGGGAUUUUGCUGAGCUUGCUCUUUUUCUCUCUGUAGGUGUUCAUCUCGGUGGGGCCACACUGACCAUGCUCAGGAGCUUCUGUCUCCAGCUCAUGUCCUUGAUUUGGAUCCUCUUGGCCCAUCACCAGCUUGUGCAAGGGGAUGACUGCAGUGAGCGCUGCAAUCUCGCCCACGGCUGCUGUGACCAGGAUGGGAAGUGCAGGUGCGAUCCAGGCUGGGAGGGGGAGUACUGCGAGGAGUGCGUGCGUAUGCCGGGCUGUCUUCACGGCACGUGCCACCAGCCUUGGCAGUGCAUCUGUCACUCUGGCUGGGCUGGCAAGUUCUGUGACAAAGACAUACACAUCUGUGAACACCAGUCCCCCUGCCAGAACGGAGCACAGUGCAUCUAUGAUCGAGAUGGGGAGUAUUCCUGCCUGUGUCCAGAAGGUUUCCACGGGAAGGACUGUGAGAUGAAGACAGGGCCAUGUGAGAAGGCAGGGUCUCCAUGUAAGAAUGGUGGGCAAUGCCAAGACGAAAAUGGCUUUGCCAGUAACUUCACCUGCCGGUGUCUGGCUGGCUUUGUGGGGGCCCUCUGUGAGCACGACGUGGACGACUGCCUGAUGCGCCCCUGUGCCAACGGGGCCACCUGCCAUGACGGCGUCAACCGCUUCUCCUGCCAGUGCCAGGUGGGCUUUGAGGGGCGUUUCUGCACCAUCAACAUCAACGACUGCGCCAGCCAGCCGUGCAAAAAUGGGGCAAAGUGCUAUGACCGCAUCAAUGACUAUGACUGCUUGUGUCCUGACCGUUUCACUGGCAAGACCUGUGAGAUCUCCGUCCCUGAGCCCACCUGGUCUCCUCCCUACCACCCUGCAAACCAUGAGAAUGCUGGAGGAGUGAAAAGCACCACUAGUGAGACACCAGGGGUGACACAGCCAGAGCCCAUCAGGACUGUGGUCACAGGGCGGCGUGUGGCCAACCACAGUGAGAAGGAGCCGGGGGGAGGGUUGUUGAAAAUCUCUGUGAAGGAGGUGGUGACCCAAAGGGACUCAGGGCUGAGUGAAGCCCAGCUGGUGACAGUGCUGGUGUUUGGGGUGCUGACAGCAGUGUUGGUCCUCAUCACUGUCCUGCUAAUGCUGAGGAACUGGCAGAGGGGCCGUCAAAGGUCGAACUGGUGCCAAAGCCCUUCUCAGGCUGCAAGAAAGCUCCAAGACCAGGAGUGUCAGGUGGGCAUGCUCAACACCAUCUUGAUUGAGCCAAGGAAGACCACAGAGCUGUGAGCUGCGAGGACUCUGAACCAGGCCCUGGCAGAUCAUCGUGCUGGCAAACCCCUUGAACUGCGCCCUGCGGAGCCACACUGGCACCCACUGGGCAGCGGGGAAGGGCUCCCACGGGCAGCAAAUAUGUCAACAAAACCCUGGGUGUUGAGCACUGGUGUGAUGGCCCUGCCUGGGUCUGAGCUGUUUCCUGUCUGGCUGGCUCAGCUGGCACCCAUGGCAUUUGAAGGCGGGGCUGUGUUGGGCCAGCCCUGCAGGGAGCAGUGGUGCGCUGCCUGCAGCAGCCCGUGCCACACAGGCACUGCUGUCAUCUAAUCCAGCACUCGGAAACAGGACAGGUAGUGCUGAGCAGGGCACAGCCCUCCUGCAAGCCCAAAUACUGCCAGACCCUUUGUAACUCCUCUCUGUGACUACGGGAAGGGGAUUUAUCCUCGUUUCUGCUGGUGUUGGGAUGCUUCUUCUGGGGCCUUUUAUACAGUUGUGGCUGCAUGGGUCUCCCUGCCACAGUACUGUAUGGGGUAGUUCCUGGCUGUUUCUGGAGGCUGUCAUUUCAGAUGCCAUGUCCCUAGGGAGUGAGCAAACACCCUUGCUCCCUGGCCUUGUGGUUCUGUGAGCCAGUUCAAAGAGACUUCAAAAAUCAUUGCAGGUCUCAUGCCCUUCUUCUGCCCUGGCUGAUGCACCCUCCUCUUGCUGUCAGACUUGGGGGUUACAGACAUGUUCCAUACUUUCCUCCUGAUAAUUCAGGAGUCUCUCUUUCUCACUUACUAAGCCGUCCUUUCUGGUCUGGCCACAUAUGACCAAGAUCCUUUUCCUCUGCAGUGUGCACUUCUGCCUCACUAUUUGCUCUCCUCUGGGCCUGAGCUGGUCCUUCUCAUAUGUCCUCAUAGGUGAAGCUGGAGAUGGACAAGGCUGUGCUGUGGCUGGUUCAGGAGCAAUACAGCAUCCAGGUCCUCCUUUCCUCUCCCAUUCACUCUGAGGCAGGCAGCUGGCUAUAAACUCAGAUCAGUCACUGCAGCAUUUCUCGAUACAACGAGGGCUGAACUCCCCACAGUGGAUGUGAGCCUGGCAUGAACAUAGGAAGCAGACACAAAACUGCCUUCUCCACCAUGGCUAAAGCAUGGCUGAGAGGCAGGAGAUGGUCAGGUCACUUAGCCUUUGUACAAGAUCUCUUCCUGCCUGUGCUGGUCUGGUGUGCAGCAAUCCCUCUCCUAGGACCAGGGAUUUCUGUGCCUCCUCAUGGGCAUGGAUGGCUAAGCAGUGGGGCAAAACUCCCCACAGCCCAAACCCUACUACUGGCUUGUAGGGUUGCAGAGCUGGGUCCAAGGUGGUGUGAAGUGAGCCAAGAAGUGACUGCUCAGGCCAGGAGUGAGACCUGGGAGAGGGGACUGGGGCUUCAUCAGAAAGAUUAUUUUUUUAAUACAUGGAUGGUUAUGUACCUUUAUCAAAUAAAACAAGUACAAGAUAAGAAA